UGAAAUAAGAGGAGAGAUAACACAAGAGAAACAGAGAACGCUCCUCAAAGCACUCGGAGGCCGCACAGCGGUGGUUGUCCGGAGUUCCUACUGAAACAGUCCUGAUUCAUGUUUGGGCCCUUGCUCUUGCACACAUUUGUUACUACUAGACAGUUUUGUGUGGGGUAAAAUACUAAAAAUCAUGAGUGGUGCCCCCAAAAGGUUGCAUGAGGAUGGAGGCCAUUCUGCAUCCUUAAAAAGGCCACUUGAUGAAACUAGUUUAUCUUCAGGUGUUUCGGGCAAGCUGAUUCAAUCGGUCGGUAAUGAUUUUCACCUACCGUUUGAGCAUGGCUCAGAUGGGCGAAUGGCAAAAGUCCCACGUACUGAGUCCCGUGAUGUUGAUAAGAGAUCAUCUCUUGUGCAUCGGAUGUCUCCAUCAUCUAAUAAUCCUGUGGAUCAUCCCAUUACAUCUGAUAGCAGGCCAGAAUCCAGAAAUUUGAAGGAUGUAAGAGAUACGAAGACUGAUCAUAGAGAAACAAAGGCAGAAAUUAGGGAUUUGUACCCUGACAUGAGGAUGGAUUCUCAAGGUGGCAAGGGUGAGAUUCGUGAGAAUGAUGCAAGGUUAGAUGGAAAGGGUGAAGAAAAAGAACUAAGAUCUGAUAGAGGAUCUCAUGGCAUAAUCAAAAGUGAGAUUAAAUUUGAUAAAGAUGGUCAUACCACAUCCCACCCAUACUCAAGUUGGAAAGAAAGCAAAGAAAAUCACAGAGGUAAGAGACAUUUUGAAUUUCCAAGUGAUGGUUUUGACUCAUGGCGAGUUUCACGUCAUGGUUUACAAACUACUGAAGAAGGUGCAAGGGAUUUUUCAAUGGCUGAAGAUCGGGUUUCUGCAGAAGGGCGUGAGGCUGUUGGUGAGAACAAGGUUCAUGUGAAAGGAGAUGAUAAACUAAGAGACAUGGAUAGGAAAAGGAAGGAUGAGAAGCACAGAGAUUUUGGAGAAAGAGACAAGGAUAGAAAUGACUGGCGGAACAAUAUGCUGCUGGCCAGUGCUAGCAAUGAAAGGAAGGAUCCGAUGAGAGAUGACCGUGAUAUGGAGAAGACUGAGAGGGAUAGAAAAGAUGCUCAGAAAGACAAAGAACGUAUUGAUAAGGAGAUGGAUACUAUGAAAUUAGAAUCAUCAAAUGUUAACGAGAAGGAGAAUGCACAUUAUCAGAGGGAGAUGAUAGAUGGAUCUGCAAGGAAUACUGAGCAGGAAACAGUAGCAUUAGAUCCAAAAAGUGUCAAAGAUGAAAGCUGGAAAUCUUAUGAGAGAGAUGCAAAAGACAAAAGAAGAGAAAGGGAUGCUGAUGCAGGUGAUAGAUCUGAACAUCGUGUAAGGUGUUAUGAGAAGGAAUCUGAGGAUGCUUGUAUUGAUGGUGUUGCUGAAAGGGACAGAGAAGCUCUUGUUUCUGGUGUUCAACAACGUACAAGAAUGCUGAGAUCAAGGGGGGCUCCUCAAGCUCCUCACAGAGAGCCUCGCUUUCGAUCUAGAACACGUGAGAAUGAAGGAUCUCAAGUUAAGUCUGAAGCUUCUUCAAUUGUUUACAAAGUUGGUGAGUGCAUGCAAGAACUUCUUAAAUCCUGGAAAGAAUUUGAAGCAGCUCAAGAAGAUAAGAAUGGUGAGAGCCUCCAAAAUGGCCCCACCUUGGAAAUUCGGAUACCAGCGGAAUAUGUGAUUGCUACAAAUCAUCAAUUUUCCUUACGCCCUGCGUUGAAUGAAGUCAUCUUUUCAGUCAAAGGUGCCCAACUAUGGGGAACUGAUAUAUAUACGAAUGAUUCAGAUCUUGUUGCUGUUCUCAUGCAUACCGGUUACUGCCGCCCAACAGCAUCACCACCUCCCUCUGCUAUUCAAGAAUUACGGGCUACAGUCCGAGUGCUCCCUCCACAAGAUUGCUACACAUCAACUCUGAGAAACAAUGUUCGUUCUCGUGCUUGGGGAGCUGGAAUUGGUUGUAGUUUUCGUGUUGAAAGGUGCUGCAUAGUAAAGAAAGGUGGUGGGAUGAUUGAUCUAGAGCCUCGUCUUGCACAUAUGUCUGCAGUUGAGCCUUCUCUUGCUCCUGUUUCUGCCGAACGGACAAUGACUACUCGGGCUGCAGCUUCGAAUGCAUUGCGGCAACAACGAUUUGUCCAUGAAGUUACAAUUCAAUACAACCUCUGCAAUGAACCAUGGCUUAAAUACAGUAUUAGUGUAGUAGCUGAUAAGGGACUAAAGAGGCCAUUAUAUACAUCAGCUCGACUGAAAAAGGGAGAAGUUCUAUAUCUUGAAACUCACUUUACAAGAUAUGAGCUGUGUUUCAAUGGAGAGAAGGCUGUCAGUAAUGGUACAAUUCCCGGAUCCUCUCAUGUAACAGAAGCGGAACCGGAUAAAGUUCAAAAUCAUUCCUUGCAUGUCCAAACUACUGAUAAAAAUAUGGACCGUGAGAAUAUCAUUGAUGUGUUCCGGUGGUCACGCUGCAAGAAGCCCCUGCCUCAAAAUAUCAUGCGUUCCAUUGGAAUUCCAUUACCAUUGGACCAUUUAGAGGUGUUGGAGGAAAACUUGAGUUGGGAGGAUGUACAAUGGUCACAAACCGGUGUUUGGGUGGCGGGGAAGGAGUAUGUGCUCGCACGAGCUCAUUUUCUGUCUCCAAAUUAGUCGGCCAGUGUUUUUGGGCUUCCAACAAUUUUCAUGAUGUAAAAUCUUCACAAUGUUUGUAUAGAAUCUGUGUCUUAUGGUCACCUAAGGUCAUAAAAGAAUAUGUAAUUUGAUUUGAUUAAUCCGAUAAUGUGGCAAAGGUUUUUUUUUUUA